AGCGUGCACAGCCCAGGAGUGUUGAGCAAUUCUGGUUUCCUCUGAGGCUGAAGGACCCAGACGUGCUAGCCCCGCUCCAGGCACCUUGGGCAUGGAGGAGAGUGUAGUGCGGCCCUCGGUGUUUGUGGUGGACGGACAGACCGACAUCCCGUUCACAAGGCUGGGACAAACCCGCCGAAGACUUUCGUGCAGGCCGGCCCCGGUGGGUCUGGGUGUCUUGGUGUCGCUGAUGGGGGCUGGGCUGGCUGUCCAAGGCUGGUUCCUGCUGCAGCUGCACUGGCGUCUGGGAGAGAUGGUCGCCCGCCUGCCUGACGAAGGUGCAGGCUCCUGGGAGCAGCUGAUACAAGAACGAAGGUCUCACCAGGUCAACCCAGCCGCGCAUCUUACAGGAGCCAACUCCAGCUUGACGGGCAGUGGGGGUCCAUUGCUAUGGGAGACCCAGCUGGGCCUGGCCUUCCUGAGGGGCCUCAGCUACCGCAAUGGAGCCCUGGUGGCCACCAAGGCUGGGUACUACUACAUCUACUCCAAGGUACAGCUGGGCGGCGUAGGCUGUCCGCAGGGCCUGGCCAGCACCGUCACCCACGGCCUGUACAAGCGUACGCCCCGCUAUCCUGAGGAGCUGGAGCUGCUGGUCAGCCAGCAGUCACCCUGCAGACAGGCCACCAGCAGCUCCCGCGUCUGGUGGGACAGCAGCUUCCUGGGUGGUGUGAUACACCUGGAGGCUGGGGAAGAGGUGGUCGUCCGUGUGCUGGAUGAGCGCCUGGUCCGACUCCGUGAUGGCACCCGGUCUUACUUCGGGGCUUUCAUGGUGUGAAGGAAGGAGCAUCAUUGUGCCUUGGACAGUGGUCUGACAGGUGGAGGCCUCGGAGGCUGCCUCAGGGGACAGAAAACUUGGGAAGCAGAGGCCGGGCAUGGUGGCUGAUGCCUGUAAUCCCAGCACUUUGGGAAGCCAAGGUGGGCAGAUCACCUGAGGUCUGGAGUUCGAGACCAGUCUGGCCAAGAUGGCGAAACCCAUCUCUACUAAAAAUACAAAACUUAGCCGAACAUGGUUGUGCUGCCUGUAAUCCCAGCUACUCGGGAGGCUGAAGCAGGAGAAUUUUGCUUGAACCUGGGAGAUGGAGGUUGCAGUGAGCCGAGAUCACAUCAGUGCACUCCAACCUGGGCAACAGAUCGAGACU